UUUUUUUUGUAUUCAUUGCUUGCUGUCGAGAAAACAUAGUGAGAAAGAGAGACAAAAAUGGCGACGGUACCUCUGUUCACCAAGUUUCCAUGCAAAACUCUAUCUCCAAGCUCCUCCAACUCUAAACUCCAAUCAAAAGCUCCGACUCUAGUGCCCGUAAACCCAAUCAACCGGCGGUCGGAGGUUAGAACCACUGUCCAUCGGCCAGAUUUCAAGGUCCGAGUUAGCGACGUUAACGACGAGUGGGGUCCUGAUGCAUCGGAGAGAGGCUCUAACGUAUUGGUGGCCGAGAAAGUAGCAGAAGAAGCGAUUGAAUCCGUGGAGGAGACGGAACGGCUGAAGAGAUCGCUAGCGGAUACUUUGUACGGAACAGAUCGAGGUCUUAGCGCAUCGAGCGAGACAAGAGCCGAGAUCAGUGAGAUGAUCACGCAGCUCGAGUCCAACAACCCUAAUCCAGCUCCCAACGAAGCUCUGUUUCUCCUGAGCGGCAAAUGGAUUCUGGCUUACACAUCGUUCGUUGGUCUGUUCCCGUUGCUCUCACGUAGAAUCUCACCGCUGGUCAAAGUGGACGAGAUCUCACAAACCAUUGACUCCGACAGCUUCACUGUACAAAACUCUGUCCGGUUCGCUGGUCCCCUUGCCACGACAUCGUUUAGCACCAACGCUAAGUUCGAAGUCCAGAGUCCUAAACGCGUCCAGAUCAAGUUUGAGCAAGGUGUUAUCGGGACUCCUCAGCUAACGGAUUCGAUAGAGAUCCCUGAGUUCGUGGAGGUUCUUGGUCAGAAAAUCGAUCUCAACCCCAUUAGAGGAUUACUCACGUCUGUCCAGGACACGGCUUCUUCAGUGGCUAGAACCAUUUCAAGCCAACCACCGUUGAAAUUCUCUUUGCCUGCAGACAGAGCGCAGUCGUGGCUCCUCACGACUUAUCUCGACAAAGACCUUCGGAUCUCAAGAGGCGAUGGUGGAAGCAUUUUUGUGCUUAUCAAAGAAGGCAGCUCUCUCUUAAACCCUUAAAAAACAUUGUAAAGUAAAAUCUAUAUAGAACCAUGUCUGUAUUUAAUAGUCUUGUAAGUGUUAUUGUUCGAGUGUUAUGAUGGUUGUUGUGUUUUCAGGGUUUAAAUGUUUGAUAAUUUUGGCUUAUAAAGUUGUAAAAGGUCUCUGAUACAGUAUGUUAUUACUUACACAAACUGAUUUUGUUACAGAACA